ACGAGUCUAUGCAGAACGCAUUGUGGGUACAAGUUUUUUUUCAACUCCUUGAACUGCAUGGAUUAAUCGCGCGAUAUUGGGCAAAAUGGUGACUAACCAGGCGUUCUACGUGGAGAAUCCCCGGAGCGAAAACACUCGGUUUUUCCUGUGUUAAUAUUGCGAUUUAGACGCCAUGAGUGGUUGGGAGAGUCGUUCACAAUCGUUGCAAUCGAAACCCACCAAACUCAACCAGGUUCACCAUGCACAACAACACGGCAGCAGAGCGUCGACUUCCACUGCCGGCAACAGACACGUAACAAGAUCACACCACCAAAAUAGACAUGAAAGAACGGGUUCAAAUUCUGAAUUUGGGUUCCCCAAAACGAGGACGAAUCCUAACUCCACUUCGGGUCAAGUGCCGAAUUGGAAGUCAUGUCGAUUUUGUGCAUUAACGUUUAAGAACCCGGCAGAUUUUUGCCUGCAUUUGAGAGAGUAUCACUGCACCAAGGAAGGUGGCUCCUUCGUCUGUCGAUAUGGGUUGAAUGGUGUUUGUACGACGCUGCCACUAGAGGGAGUGAGUGACGGGGACUACGAAUCACAUGUUGCAAAGGAUCACUCUUUGGUUUCCGUCAAUGAUGCUAUCAAGAAAAGUCCUAACGGCAGCUCAUCAGACGAGCCUGCCUCUUCGGUACCCUCCGUCGUCAAUGACCAACACAAAUGGACAAUCUACUGUUCCCAGGUCAGUCUGCCGGCGGUCCUGAACGACCCCAGGAAGGCCAAGCGGGAGCUGGACUUCCUGACCAAGACCUGGGGCGAGACGUUCGUGGAGAGGAACGACAUCCUUCCAUCCCCGCAUUUACCUCACAUCACCAGGGCGCACUUUGAGAAAUAUCUGCGCUGGACGGGCACUCGCUUAAAAGAACACAAGAAACUAGACUUGGCGAUCAGUACAGCGACAGUAGACCCGUCAGAUAAUCACCAGAGUCCUGUCGUCAGACUAAAAGAGCGAGGCAGUACUGAAGUUGAACAGAUUCCAAAGAUGUUUUUCCGGAAUGACUUUGCCCUGGAGAACCCCGACACCUUUGAAGCUGUGCUGCCCUGGUCACAGUUCAGAGGUCAAAGGCUGAGUGACCCGGCCUCGGGUCAUCAGUCCUCCAAACUUCUACAAGAAAAGCUGAGCCACUACUUGGACAUUGUAGAGGUGCAGAUAGCACAGCAGAUCUCCAUCCGAUCCAAUGCUUUCUUCAGUGCAAUGGCCUCCCAUGAUAAGCUGCAGGAGAACCUGGCGUCCACAUGCAGAGCCAUCCGUGAACUGAGGGAUAAAAUCAACAACAUUGAUGCGAUUCUGGCCCAGGGCAACUUGAGACUACUCAAACUGCAAAUUUCCCGAGCAAACUAUGUCAAGGUCUUCAACAAGUUAAAACUGAUGGCCACCGUCCACCAGACCCAGCCGACCAUACAGAUUCUCCUGACCACGUCUGAGUUUGUCGGUGCGCUGGAUCUCAUCUCCACGACGCAAGAGGUGCUGACCCAGGAACUCUCUGGUUUACAGAGCUUCAGGCAUCUUGGUUCUCAGCUUGUGGAGCUGGAGAAGCUCAUCGACAAGAUGAUGACGCAGGAUUUUGCACGAUUCACCGCAGCUGACCUCAACAGGCCCCUGGAUGGACAGGGCCAUGUGGAUGAGGACAAAUUAACCGCCAUCAUUCUGGGCAUGCUGAGACAACAUCGGUUCAGCUUCUUGGAGACAUACCGAGAGGAGGCCGCCGAAAGCAUUAAGGCUCUCAUCAAACAGACCGUGGUGCAAGCAGUAUCCACGGCUGACAACAUGGACAAUGAUGCCAACAUUGGAAGCCUUGCUGAUCAGAUGAGACUCCUCAAUUUCCCCCAGUGGCUGCAGUUAUUCCGGGCGGUGUUUGAGAACCUGGGACUACUAAUGAACAGAGUCAAGGAAACAACCACUGUCAUCAAAAGACUGGUGGACCUUGCUGCCGGAGUUGACCCCGAUUCGCACACAGAACCGGUCGUAACCGGUCCGGACCAGAAUGGACUGGUAGAAUGCGCCGACGAAGCCACUGCAUUAGACGAAGGCGAGCAAGACGAUGAGCCUCAGCCCCGACCGAGCAAGGUUGAGGAGAUGAUGCCAACAACUGCAGCAAAACUUGACGUCGAUGUGCUAAUAGCUCCCAUUGAACACAACAGACUCACACAGUCUCUGCAGGAUCUCUUGCUGUUUGUGUGUGACUACGCCCAUGACCGCUGCCUCAAACUCCUUAUAGCCAGAGGCAAGGACGGAUUUCUGGAGCGACUGAGUUCGGGUGAAUUUGUGUCGCUCUCACGUGCAAUAGAGAAGUUUGUUGGAAAAUGCGAAAGCGUCUGUGAAAGGAGGAGCACCUCGUUGAGAGGGGGCCUUCAGAAUCAGGCUAACAAGUUUAUUAGUAGAUUCCACGAAGAAAGGAAAACCAAAUUAAGUUUGAUCUUAGAUAGUGAGCGUUGGAAGCAAGCGGAGGUGCCUGCCGAAUUCCAAGAUUUACUAAGUGCAAUGGCCAAAGGAGAAAUUUCUCUGACGCUUCUUGUCAAUGCUGAUAAAGGAAGUGGCGAGAGGAAACCAUUGGAGCUUGUAGAGAUUGCAAACCAAAGAUACUCAGUUGUAGGGACAGUGUUGUUAUUGUUGAAGAUGGUGGCUGAGUACUGUCAGUGUGCGAUUGACAUUCCAUCAGUGACUUCGGACAUUCUCACCAGACUCGUCGAAAUCCUGCAGAUGUUCAACUCCAGAUCCUGUCAACUCAUCCUUGGCGCCGGUGCCUUACAGGUCGUCGGUCUCAAGACUAUCACCACCAAGAAUCUAGCUCUGACAUCACGUUGCCUUCAGCUGGUCAUCUUGUUCAUUCCAGUCGUCAAGGACUUCUUCUCUCAGAAGUUGCCGUCCAAAAUGCAGGGUCUGCUCAAAAACUUGGACAAGAUUCUCAAGGACUACAAUGACCAUGUGCAAGAGAUCUCCAACAAACUGGUCAAUAUUAUGGACGACUCUUUCCGCCACCUUUUGUCGACGUGGGAGGUUAAAGCCCCGGUUCCGUCCGCCUGCUUCCGUGAGGUCUGCAAGAGGGUACGGAAGCUUCACGAGGCCAUUGCAGAGCUGCUGCCUCCAGAGCAGAUUAAGGUUCUCUUCAUGAGGCUCAAUGUGUCCUUCAAGACCCACCUUAGAGACGCUCUGAUCAGAGUCAAGGUCAGGAAUGAUGGAGGUCCCAAGCACGGGUUAGUGACGUCAGACCUGGCGUUCUACACAGAGUUCAUCCAGUCAUUGGAUGGUUUGGAUAGCGUCGUAGACAACAUGGACGACGUGUGGGACUGGAGGUAGCAGUAAAGCCGCCUAGGCGGCGAACUGUUAACAGUAACAAGUACCCCUCAGCGCUGACAUAGACAGAGACUUGACAGACACUAGAAGGCACAAUUUUAGAAUACCC